ACAGCCGGUCACACUCCGGGAGCAGGCUCAGUUGGGGCUUUGGAGCCGAAGCUGGGUGAUUUAAUUGUGAGUGAUGCUAAAGGAAUGCGCCGCCCAAAAUAAAGGAGAAAAAACGCAGCCGCCAGUCUCGCGGAAAAAUGUGCAAUUAAAUCGCCAGCAAUGGCUCAAAGUUCAAGUGAAGCAUCUGUAAUGAUUUAAAAAAAGAAAAUAUAUCCUUCUGACAAAAGGUGUGUGUGUGUGUGCCUGUGAUGUCUUAUUUGGGAGUACGUAUCUGUGUUCGGUUGUGGGUGCGCGCACAACAAAAUAUAAAUAAAACUUCACGUCAAUGUCAUUGGGGAGGAGUGUUGAUAAAAAGCGCAGCUAAAGGCCUUUAAUUGCCGCUGCAGUCAAUAAAUCAUCAAACGAAAAUAUGAAAGCAUCUCAGGAAUCCAGUGCGUAAAAUUAGAACCAACAACAACCAGCAUAGGCCAGCCAGGCCACACCAUACCAGACCAGGCUAGGCAAGGCAGGAAAGACACAAAAUAUCCAAAAGAGCGAUAUACAUACAUCCACGUCGUAAAGUGCGUCCGAACGUUUUCAGUGCGAUAUUACACCAGCAGAAUAUCCUGUCGGGGGCCAGAGUGAAAUGCGAAGUGAAGUGCCGAGAGGAUAAUGAGUGUAAAUGGAGACAUGACGAAAAACUAAAGGCCGAUAAGGUUACAGAUGCCCUAAACACACACACACGCGGAUAUCGGCAGGAUUCCAGCGGAGACGGGGCUGGGGAUGGGCAUGUAACUGGAUCUGGAUACAUGUUGGCUCCUAAGACAACAGCCCGCUCCUUUGGUCACCAAUACUAUCAGCCCAAGCCAGAGCCAAAGGCGAAGGCAAAGACAUAAGCAUAAGCUGGAAUAGAAACAGAAGCAACAAAAGAAGGACACCUCAUCGUAUUCACCACGUCGACAAAGGGAAUGUGCUGCUAAUGCUAAUGCCUCCAGCUAGCUCACCACAACGCCCGGCAGCAACAACUAUUGCAGGUGCAGGUGCAAUCACAGGUGCAACAGCAGCAGCAGCAGAGGCGGCACAAGAAGCCCAGGACCUCAGCAACAACACCUCAGCAAUCCCCCUGGCAACAAUACAAAGAAACUGACAGCCCAACAUGGCAGUGAGUAAUAGAUCCGGAAGUGUGAUUACCGUUCUGGCCAUUAUAUGGAUGACACUGAGUGUAUCCGGUGAGCUGCCCCAGCUCGACUACGGCAGCAUGUCCGCCUCCCUCGAGGAGGAUGCAAUUGACCCGCUGACGGCGAUGGCUCCCUUCGCCAACUCCCUGGUGACCGAGGACACCGCCCCUCAAAAGACUAAUGUGGAGCUGCUGAGCAACAGCAGCGAGGAUGAUAAUUCGAGGACGCCACUGGGCUCCUCAUCAGCGGCGGCGGCCGGUGGAAGUGGUACGCUUCUGGAGGAGUUCUCCGGCGGCAAGCUCAAUGGCGGAGAGGCGAGCAACACGCUUCCGAUUUUCCUCAGUGAACCGGAGAGUGUGUUCGUGGUCAAGAACCGGCCGGCCAUUCUCAAGUGCAAGGCCUCGCACUCCCUGCAGGUGAUCUUCAAGUGCAGCGGCAGCUCCCAACCACCGCCGUCCACGCACGACAAGCACGUGGAUCCGCAUACAGGGGUGCACAUGGAGGAGGUCACUGCCACCAUACACCGGGACCUGGUGGACGAGUAUUUCGGCGACGGGCCCUUCAAGUGCGAGUGCCACGCCUGGUCGUCCAGGGGGCUGGUCAAGAGCCAGGCGGCCACUGUGCACACAGCCUAUAUUCGCAAGUCCUUCAACCAGUCACCCACCUCCCUCCGCCUCGAGCUGGGCAGUCGGGCGGAACUGCGUUGCGAGCCGCCGGGCGGUUUCCCCGAACCAAAGCUCACCUGGCACAAGAACAACGCCGUCAUCACGUCGGACAGCGAGCCGGGCAUCAGUGUGUCCGGCGGGACACUCACCUUCCGCCAGGUGGCCCUCCAGCACAUGGCCAACUACAGCUGCAGUGCGGAGAACAUAGCCGGCAGACGCGUCUCCGACUCCGCGGUGCUCAUCGUUUAUGUUAACGGUGGCUGGAGCAGCUGGAGCCCCUGGCGCGAAUGCAAGUGUGCGGGCAAACUGAGCCAGGGCCGCAAGCGAUCCCGCACCUGCAACAAUCCAAUGCCAUUGAAUGGGGGCGCCCAGUGUCCGGGUCCUCAGAUUCAGAAGUCCGCCGACUGCGCCGCCUGCCCAGAGGACACUCAAAUCGUGAGCCCUGAUGGAUUUGACAUUUCGUCGAGUAAGCGCAUGGCUCGCUGGUCGGCCUGGAGUGAGUGGAGCAUCUGUUCCGCGGAAUGCAUUCAAGUGCGUCGCCGGAAGUGCCUGACUCAGAGUCAGACUCCUGCUGGUGAUGUCGAGGAAGCCGGAGAUCUGCUCCUGGGCCCUGGCGUGGGCAUGGCCGCCCUCAUCGCCGGGGGGCCUGGCGCCGCUGGCGGUGGAAGCCUUAGCGAUUCCGCUGGCCCGAGCUCAGAGAGUAUCCCAGGAUAUGGCAAAUCAUUGUGCGCCGGAAAAGAUACACAGACGGCCGAAUGCCGGGGCGAACAGUGCCAGAUUGGCAAGGAUGAUUUCGAUUGGACCCUCUAUCUGGGCCUGGCCUUCAUAACCGCGGUCUGUUUUGCCUUUGGGGCCGCCCUCAUCUGCUGUGCCCGCCGUGGCAUCCGCACCAAUCCCCACUACAACAUGGCCCGAUCAGUAAUGGACACGGAUUACAUGCCCGGCGUCGUGGAAAAGAAGGAGAUGCGGAUGCACAUCGAGGCCAGCAACAUGGGAUACGAUUACGUCAAUCCCGGACAUCGUUAUUUGCCCGGCGAACACAUCGUCGGCAUGGGCAUGGGCAUCGGAUGCGGCGGAGUGACGGAGCACCACUACGACGUACCCAAUUUGUCCGCCAACUACACCAACCCCAUAGACCAUUUGAACGUUGAUUACUUGUCAGAGACCGGGGACUCCUCCACCGCUGAUACCUCCAACUCCACGUUCGAUAUGAAUGGAAAACUGUCCAUUCUGAAUGCCACGAAGAGCAGUUGCUACGAGCUCCUGGGAAGUUCCGGAGGACAGCUGCGCCUCUACGGUGGAGAGCUGCUGCUCUUUGUGCCGGAGCACGCCAUCGGGAAGCACCUGAAGAAGCAUGUAUCCUUGCUGCUCCUGAGCGACGAGUGCAGUCGGGUGGCCUGCGCCACCGAGAGCUCCAUCCUGUGCAGCAGCGUGGUGCACAGUGCCCCCCGCAACUAUAGCUUUGUGAAACCGGUGAUCCUGAAGAUACCCCACUGCCUGGUGGCGCCGGAACAGUGGCAUGUCCACAUCUACCACGCCGACAGCGAGCACGACGAGCUGAGUGUGAACUGGAGGAGAGCCGUGUCCGUGGGCGAGGAGACCAUUAACACCCCGAUGUUCGUUCAACUGGAGGCGACGCAUGUCUACAUCAUGACGGAGCAGCUGGGCCAUUUUGCGGUGGUGGCAGAGCCGAGGAUCCAGCAGCCAUCGAUCAAGAUGAAGCUGCUCGCAUUCAGUCAGCACACCCCGCCCAGCAGCGCCAACUGCAGCUUGCGUAUCUACGUGGUCAAGGACUUCCCCAACAGCCGGGACAUCUGCGCCAAUGUGGAGGCCAAGCUGGGCGGCAGUUUCCUCGGCGAAAGCCAGGUGUUUCCCUUCUCGCUGAACAGCCGGAAUCUCAACAUCCGGGUGCGAAGCGUCGAUGUGGAGGCGGCCGCUCCCUACGAGCAUGCGAUUCCCUACCAGCACAUCCUCAGCAACAACUCCAUCCUGCACUGUGAGUUCAGUCUGCGGCGGCAGGAUCAGCACGCCUUGUGCGUGGACUUUGGCCAGGGCAGCGAGGACGACUCGGAUUACUACACCUUCAACAUUCCGGCCCACUCGAUGAGCGGCUCGGCCGAGGAGCUGGCCUCCACGACGAACACCACCAUCUCGAUCGACCGCCAGGGCAACUACGUGAACGAGAGCUGUGUGAUGGACUUUGUGCAGCUGCCACAUGCCACGAAGCGUCUGAUCUGUGCGGCCCUCGACCCUCCACGGACGGAUGAGCGGGACUGGCGGCUGCUGGCCCGAAAGCUGAACACUGAUAGGUACAUCGCAUACUUUGCCACGAAGGCCUCACCCACGGAGCAGAUCCUGAAUCUGUGGGAGUGCCGGACGAAUAGUAAUCCUGGUAAUAGUUCCAAUUCGGUUUCGCACACCAUAAUGAAUCUCCUGCUGACCCUCAAGGAGAUGGGACGUCAGGAUGUAUUGGACAUCAUAGUGGACACCAUUGGUCCGCUGUGGAUCUAAGAGUGCUAAGGAUAGGGCUUGAUCCUCCUUCCGUUUCUAUUCCCGAAAAAAUUAGGGAAAACUUCAACUUCUAAAGAAUUUAUUCUUUAUAUAGAUUUUCUGUACAUUUUUUUAUGCCAAAUGUGAUUCCUUUUAAAUUUUAGGGAGAAUAGAGAAGGAUCCUGGAUGAAGGUUAUAUCCGAAGAGGCGUUGAUUUUCUCUGUUUAUUUAUUAAAGUUAGGUCCCUGUAUUACCAGACUUAUGUUUUGAAGCUAAAUUAAAAGAACAAACUUAUCACCUAAGAACGAAAACCACCUGCCAAGUUUGUUAUUGCCAAGUUAAUGAGGAAAUCAGCGCAUGUGGCCAUUGGUCCGGAUGCUGUUGAAAACGAAAAUGUUCAUGAGUUGCCUUUUAUUUACAAAAUGUACGAUCGACGAAAAUGAAUGAAACGAAUAUAAGAAAUAUUGGAAUCGAAAGGAAAACAUUGAAUCAAAGUGUAGCUGUAGAAAUAGUCACUAAGUUACUGUAGUAAUGUGUUCUAAGUUCUAAGGUAACUUGCUCAACGAACUCUGUUCCCUAUGGGUGCCAUGCAUUUUAUACACUAAACAGACGGAAGGUAGCAAUUAAUUAUACUUGUGGCUUAGCAAACUUAUAGUUUUAAACACUUGACUUUAGUAUUACGAUCGGAGAACUGUUUAUGUGCGACAAAGCAGCUGUAAAUUACGCGUACACCCAAAAAAAUAUAUAUAGAGAUAUGUGUAGAGAUUAAGUUAUGGCCAAUGCGUUCCGCAACUACCUUUCGAAAUAACCACUCACAAAGACAGCCUCGAGGUAGUUCCAUACUGUUUGCCAAAUCGUUGAUUCUAUCAACCGAUUCUAGUUACGAUUAGCCACUAACGAAACACAACAUUUAGUAAUCAAAAAAGAAAGCCAUAACUGACAUAUACCCAUACGUAUGUAGUCCCUCAUAUUUAACACGUACGCAAACCUCCAAAAACAUAUAUAUAUAUGUAUAUUAAAGUACGAUCUAGUGAUAGCAUAACACAGAACAACAAAAAGAGUAGCUUGUUAGACAUACUCAAGUGAUAACCUUUGUAUUUGUCUUUAGUUUUAAGUCUGAUCCUGUCGUUUAAUCGUUAAUCAAGUAAGCAUUUACAGAACAA